AUGGACGACGAGUUGGACUUUGAGUCGCAUCAUGCAGCGUAUGUGGGUGCGGCGUUAUUGGAGGACGAGCUUGGCGCGGUGGGAUCGAUGGAUGCCGAGUUGGAGCGGUUGCAUGUUCAAGGUCACGACUUGGCGUCCGAGCUGGAUUGCGAUUCACAGCUCGAUCCUGUCUUUGCAACGGCGCAGAAGGACGAGGAGGGAUUGCAGAGCUACGCGUACGAUCGGUCGGCUUCGACGAUGCAAGGCGCUAGCUCGUGUUCGUCGGCGUCGCAUGCCGAAUCGUCGGCAAACGCUACCAGAGCAGUCGACUCGCCCGCCCGCACACCCGGCUCUUGCAUCUCGAUUGCCACGACCGACAUCUCGGAUACGCUCGCUUCCACCCAGUCGUUUCUCAUGCGUCUAUCUACACUUUCGUCCUCAUCCACUUCGGCUCACGCUUCAAUGGAUGCGGCUGGUAUCAACAGCGUCAGUGCCGAGGUCGAAGAUACUGCCGCACUCGAAACCGCCGCUGCAAAAUACCUCAUGUUGGUCUCGCAAUGCAGCAUGCAACGCGAAGCGCAAUUGAGAGAGCUACGAGAACUCGAUCGCAAAUUGGAACGCGACACUGCUUGCUUGCUACCGUCGACCAGCAGCUGCUACGCUUCCGACCUGUCACUUACCGACCUCAUGGACGACGACCAACGCUUUUCAACUUCGCCGACUCAACGUCCACUUCGUAGAACCACAUCCUCCCUCAGCAGCGAUACGACAAUCACCACGGUCCCCGCUCUCUCAUCCGACGUCCUUCUCGACCCUGCGCUCUUUGCACCCCUCUAUACUUCAACCUUGUCGCUCGUAUCAUCGCUCAACGGCCUACACGAACAUGCACAGGUCACCAAGAGCUCAACCGCCGAUGCUGCGCGCAAACUCAGGACUGUCAAAGGUCUCAUCGCGCAAUGGAAGGGCGACGUGGAAAGCGCACAAGUGAGCGAGCUCUGGAUCCAACAGAAUCAACCUUCGCCCAAGCACCAUGCUGAGCUCACCGAUCACGUUGACAGGCUCACCUCCAAAACGUGGGUCACACAGCAGAUCGAGUGGUGCAAAAAUCGGAUCGACCAGGCAGAAGGUAGAGCCAGAAUCUUGUUGACUCCCGUCAGCAUCACAGCGUCGAGUUGA